CUUCCUCCCUGAAGAGCUUUUCAAAAUCUGAAAGGAGAGGCAGCAGGAUGCAGAAGGCAUUUUACCGUACUGAACCAGAACAAACCGUUUUGACAACGAAAUAAAAAUUUUAAGUAGGCCAACCGUGACACGCAACCCCAAAACAAGAAGUUUAAUCAUCAAGUUUCGUUAUGUUUUUUUAUUUAGAAAAAAUACCAAAGACGGAACGUUGUUGGGAAACUUUGUAGCGGGCUCCCUAAAACACGACCAGAGAGGAGGAAUAGGCAUCCUCCGAGUCAUUGGAGUUGCUGUGGGGCAGGGUGCUGUCCUAUGGGAUGGAUGACGGCCAGCAGGAUCAGUACGAGGAGCGUCUGAAGGAGGUAUUUGAGACUUUCGACACCAGUGGAGCCGGGUUGCUGUGCCCCGAGGAGCUAUCCAGCCUGUGCCAGGCCCUGCACCUGGAGGAUGCCACCCCAACACUGCUACAUGCCCUGCUGCAGAACCAGGACCCACUCACUUACAGGGUUGAUUUUGACCAGUUCAAGAAUGCUUUAAUUCUGGUGUUGUCAACGACGACAGCAGUAGCAACGUCCAGUCAGGAGACAACAUGUGCACCACCACAGCCGGACUCACCAGUCCAAGCUAAGUUUGUGCGGGGUAGUAAACGCUAUGGCCGGCGCUCUACUCCAGAGUUCAUGGAGACUAUCGCAGACUUCUCAGAGGUGGUGAGCUCAGAGGCUACAGGGCAGCAGGAGCCAGAGGACCAUGACUCCACCGUACCGAGGAAACAUGAGCGCUGGAACGCUCAUGAAAGCAGUACGGACGAGUACGAGGCAGAUGGCCAGCUGCACCUGUGGAACCCUGAUGACCCCUCCACCCCGCGGGGCUCCACAGUGCCCCUGUCAGAUCGCCUGGAGGAGAGGUUACGACAGGCCUGUGAGGACCUGGCUAUGCCCUGGGAUGGAUGUGCCAGCCACCAUGAGCUACUGGCUCUCUGUGACCACCUGGGCCUGGAGGUGACAGAAGAUGUCCUCCAGGUUCUAAGUGGUGAUGAGGUCAUGAGCGUUCAGGCGUUUACUUCCUGGGUUCUGAACCAAGCCAAGCCCCCCACCCCGUCUGCCUCCACACCUUACAGACAGCUGAAAAGACUACACUCCUCACAGCCGUUCGAUGAGACGGGCCGUAGGACCAGCUGUAUGACCAGCUCCAUCAGGAUGUGUCUGUUCUCCACUCUGGAUGAUGGGACAGGGUCCACUCCUGCCGAGGAUGUCCUGGAUGCCUGGAUGGAGGAAGGCAUUGAGAACAGCCCUGAGAUACUGCAGGCCUUAGAUUUUGACCUGGAGGGAAAAGUGAACCUCAGGGAGCUGACUGUGGCUCUGGAGAACGAGCUCCUCGUCACUAAGAAUGGGAUCCACCAGGCUGCACUGGCCAGCUUCAAGGCUGAGAUCAGAUACCUACUCGAGCGUGUUGAUCAUGAACGCAGAGAGAAAGAGAAGAUUCGCUCUGACCUGGACAAAGCCGACAAGUUAAAAACCCAGCUGGCUGCUGAGGUGGACGAGCAUCACUCUGCCAUCGAACGCAUGAAUGACCUCAACCUCAGGAAACUGGAGCAGGAACACAGGGAGAAGCUGGUGUCUGUCAGGUCAGAGCUCAUUAUAGAGAUGGACCAGAUUCAGCAGCAGAAAGAGAAACUGGAGGCAGAGAUGGAGAAGCUCAGAGACGUCACAGUAACCUUCCUCAGAGACCACCUCUCACUUACUGUCAAGGAAAGUAGGUGUCUGGAGAUGGAGCUGCUGGUCAGCACUGAGAAACUGUUGGCGGCAGAAAGCCAAGUCCGCGAACUGCAGAAUAACCUGGAUAACAUCCUGAAGGAGAAGUUUGGGGAUCUGGACCCGGGCAGUGCAGAGUUCUUCCUACAGGAGGAGCGUCUCGGACGGCUCCGCAGCAGCUAUGAAGAACAGUCCCGGGAGCUACAGGAUCGUAUUGACGAGCUUCAAGCAGAACUGCAGGAGUACCACAACUUGGGCCGAACCUCUCAGCCCUGUCUCAAACCCUCGCUGUCCGAGGAGCUGGGGAGUACGAGUCCUGGCAUGGAGUCAGACCCAGGCCUGGGCUUGGAGGAGGGCCAGCCAUUGUUCAACAUGAGUCUGGAGGCAGAGAUGAUGCUGGAGAGGCUGAAAGAGAAGCACCUCCAAGAGAUGGAGGAGCUACAGGCUCAGCUGGAGAGCAAGGUGAGUGAAUUUGACCAGAAGGUGGAGGAGCAGAAGAUGGACCUGGAGACCCAGAAGGCAGCCUUGUCUCUGCACUACAUGGAGGAGAUCCAGGCUCUACACGGUGAGAUGUCCAGCAGCCAGAACAGAGCCCUGGAGCUCCAGGCCCAGCUAGAGCAGGCAGAGGAGGAGCGGGCUGGCUUGGAGCAGAGGCAGGCUGGGGAGAUGGAAGAGCUGGAGCAACAGCAAGAGGAAGAAGUGAGCGGCCUGGAGCAGCAGCUCCUGGAGUCCCGCACCCAGGCUGCCUCCCUGGGGGAGCAGCUCCUGGAGGCCCGCACCCAGGCUGCCUCCCUGGAGGAGCAGCUCCUGGAGGCCCGCACCCAGGCUGCCUCCCUGGGGGAGCAGCUCCUGGAGUCCCGCACCCAGGCUGCCUCCCUGGGGGAGCAGCUCCUGGAGUCCCGCACCCAGGCUGCCUCCCUGGGGGAGCAGCUCCUGGAGGCCCGCACCCAGGCUGCCUCCCUGAGGGAGCAGCUCCUGGAGGCCCGCACCCAGGCUGCCUCCCUGGGGGAGCAGCUCCUGGAGGCCCGCACCCAGGCUGCCACCCUGGGGGAGCAGCUCCUGGAGGCCCGCACCCAGGCUGCCACCCUGGGGGAGCAGCUCCUGGAGUCCCGCACCCAGGCUGCCACCCUGGGGGAGCAGCUCCUGGAGUCCCACACCCAGGCUGCCUCCCUGGAGGAGCAGCUCCUAGAGGCACAACGGGCGAAAGGUGAGUUGGGCCUGGACACAGAGAUGCAGGAGCUAAGGAAACGACAUGCCGCGGAACUCAACAAGCUGGACGAGGAGCACAAAGAGAUCCUUUUGACCAGGAUGGAAGAAGAGCGGGGGAAGCUACAGGAGGAGACGGCGGAGGUGGAGAUGAGGCUGUUGGAGGAGUGGGAGAGGGAGAAGCUGGAGUUGCAGCAGAGCCACGAGGAGACAGUGAAGGCUGGGAUAGAGGAGGUGGAGAUGAGACUCAUGGAGGAGUGGGAGAGGGAGAAGGCUCAGUUGAACAAGCAGAGUAACGAGUCGCUGCAGACCACGUUAGAGGAGGCGAUGUUACGACUAGUCAAGGAGCAGCAGAACAGGGAGGCCAGGCUCACUGAGCAGUGGGAGCUGGAACGAGCUCGGCUUCAGCAGUGUCAUGAGGCGGCUCUCCUCACCAGGUUAGCCGAGGAGCACCUGAAGCAGCAGGAGGAAACUGAGAGGAGGCUGAGGGAGGACUGGGACAGGGAGAGACUCCAGCUGGAGGAGGAAUAUGAGGGGGUGUUUCGGGAGCGGCUGCAGGAGGAGAGGCAGAGCCUAAAGGAGGCCCACAGAUGGGCCAUGCAGGAACUGAGUGCCAAACACCAUGAGGAGAGGGAACAGCUCAGAAGUCUCCUGGAUAAACUGCGGGAGGACAUCGCUGAGGAGCGGCGUGAGGUGGGUCGCCUAGUAGAGGAGAACCUUUUACUCACACAGAAGAUGUCAACGCUGAAGGAAGAGUACCUGAAGGACAGCCAGAAGGAGAUGCUCUUCAAACUGGAGCAUUUCAGGAAGGAGAAGAUUUCUGCGCAAAAGAAGGCAGAGAGUUUCAAGAGACAGAUCUCAGUGCUUCGUCUCCGCAGUCAGCAGCUGGAGGAUGAGAACGGGCUGCUGUCGGAGAAGAACGCCCAGAAUGCAGCAGGAGUGGAGGGGUUGAGCCAACAGCUGGGGGAACUGCUCAAACAGAGUGAGAGACAGGAAGCUGUCAGAGACCAGCAACGUACUGUACCGGAGGAUGAGAGGAUGAAGAUGGCAGUGUGUGUGUCUGCCCUGGAGGCGGAGCUAACCAACACUCUAAACGCUGUGGAAGGGACUGUACUUCUAGAGGAGGGCAAGGCCCAGCUGGUGCUACAACUCAAUACCCUCAGAGAUAAGGUAGCUAAGAUGGGGGCUGUAGAGUGUCGGCUCUCCUCCCUCCUGCAGGAACGCAAGGCUUUGGAAAAACAAACCCAGGGAUUACGUAACCAGCUAGCCAAGUCUCAGGAGAGGAACCAGGUGUUGGAGGAAAGCCUGCAGUCUGACCUCCAAAGCGCCCGUCUCAAGUCAGACCUCCGCGUGUCACAGCAAGAGAAGGACGCCCUCAAACAGGAAGUGAUGUCACUGCACAAACAGCUGCAGAGCGGCAACGACAAGAACCAGGUUCUGGAGAUGGCCCUGCACUCCAGCGGAUACCAGAGCCAGCAUAAGAAGCUGUACCAGGAUGAGCUGGCCAGGCUGGUGGAACAGGAACAGCAGCAGCUGAGGCAGGAGAACGAGAGGCUGACCAUGGAGCUCCACCACACCAGGGAAAAGCUGGAGGCAGCCAUCUUAACCGUGAAACAGCAGAGACAGCAGGGCCAGUCCAGCGUGGGGAAGACUGUGGAACAGGAGAAGACUGCUCUGAAGAGAGAGCUGGACGUGAUGCAUCAGGAGCUACUCUCUGCUCAGAACAAGGUGUGUGAGGUUCAGCGAGAGCUGGACAGUCUACGUCAGGAGAAUGAGGGGCUGAAGACCCAACAGGCUCCACUACAGGCCUGGCUUCAGGAGGCCCAGCUGGGUGGUCUGCUGCCCCCCUCCCCUCGCAGGAUGCCUGGUGAGUGGAGAGGACAACACUGCGAGAACGACCACAACCCAGAGAACAUACAGGAUGAGAGGUCAAUGAUGAUAAUGAUGAAGAUGGAGGAGCGUAUGAGGGAAAUCGAACUGUCGCUGCAUAACGUCAAGUUGCUUCUCAAAGAGAAGGUCUCUCAACUGAAAGAUCAGCACCACAAGAACGGUAAAGCUGAUUCGUUGAUCAAGGACCUGUACGUGGAGAACGCCCAGCUGCUGAAGGCCUUGGAGAUGACCGAGCGGAGACAGAAAGUAGCAGAGAAGAAGAACUAUCUACUGGAUGAGAAGAUCUCCAGCCUCAACAAGAUAGUUAGAGACCUGAGUCCCUCACCCCUACCCACAAUGCCCUACCAUUUCACCUGUUCCUCACACUCCACCUGAGCCCCUCACCCCUACCCACAAUGCCCUACCAUUUCACCUGUUCCUCACACUCCACCUGAGCCCCUCACCCCUACCCACAAUGCCCUACCAUUUCACCUGUUCCUCACACUCCACCUGAGCCCCUCACCCCUACACACAGUCCCCUCAACCCUACACCCAGUCCCCUCACCCCUACACCCAGUCCCCUCACCCCUACACCUAAUCCCCUACCCCCAGUUCCCUACCACUUGACCCUUUCCUAUAAUAACACAUUACAUUUUGUAGAGCGCUUUUCAUUUCCAGACGUAAAUCCCAAAGCUCUUUACAGAGAAAUCAUUCAAAGAAAAAAAGCUUUAGUGAAAAGACUAAAAACAUUAGGUGAGACGUUAAGAUGCUUUACUUUAUUAAUUCAACCAUUUAAAAAAACAAAAAACACAAAGAAAACAAGCACACACACAACAUGAAAAAGCCAUACAUGCACAUGAGUUAAAUCAUGGAGAAUAACACACAAUAAAGUGUGGGACUUAUUUCCAUUGUGGUCCUCUUGAAACAAGAUGGCUAGACAAGAUCCAACACGGUUGAACCCAGUAUUACAGCGAGAUAUGAAAACAAAGGAGAACAACAUCUAUCUCAUCAUACACAAGACACACGGAAUAGUAAAGGAGGCCACAAGGACGGAACCAUACAACUUGAAACAGACGGACAACACAACAUAGAUGACAACACAACAUAGAUGACAACACAACAUAGAUGACUGAAACAGACAACACAACAUAGAUGACUGAAACAGACAACACAACAUAGAUGACAACACAACAUAGAUGACUGAAACAGACAACACAACAUAGAUGACUGAAACAGACAACACAACAUAGAUGACUGAAACAGACAACACAACAUAGAUGACAACACAACAUAGAUGACAACACAACAUAGAUGACAACACAACGCAGAUGACAACACAACAUAGAUGACAACACAACACAGAUGACAACACAACAUAGAUGACAACACAACACAGAUGACAACACAACAUAGAUGACAUAAACUGAAACACCGUUUGAAGAAGUGUGUUUUUCUGCGUUUCUUUGGGACUGCAAGGAGUCUUUGAGCAUUUGACCGGAGUGAACCUGAAGACUGUUUGAGGCUGAGGAGUUCACGGAGUUAAUGGUGACCAGAGGCAUUGAGGGUUUUUGAAGAGUAACAGGAGGGUUUUGAAUUGGGUGGGUAGCCAGUGGAGGCUAGAAUGGGGGUGAUGGGGGCAGAUCUCCAGGUUCCUGUGCGGCGCUGUUCUGCACAAUCUGCAUCCUGUGGAUGCUUUUUGAGGGGGAGACCAUCAAGGAGGGCAUUGCAGUCAUCGACGAGGGAGGUGACGAGGGAGGUAACCAGCAGGUUUGGAGAGAACAUGUUUCUCAGGUGAAAUAUAUAUUUUUUUUUUGCAAACCUAUUUUUUGGGGGGAGAAAGUGAGGGGUCCAGAAGGACAGUAGGAUGGAGUGGCCACCAAAGACUACACUCUACCUGAGCCCACCUGUGCCCUACCUCCAGUCCCCUAGCAUUUCGCUACAAUCGUAAUAACAUCUGCUUACCAUGUGUAUGUGACCAAUAAAAUUUGAUUUAUUACCUA